AUGGAAGAUCCUCUCGAAAGUUCAGUCGAUUCAUCCUCAACCCACGUUGAACAAUCCUCCAGCCCCAACCCCAACCCCAACCCACCCAACCCUCGUGCCAUUAAUAUGUUUCGUUACCUGAACCUUAGUGAUCCCGGUAAUCCCUUCCGGCUAGAUAAUGGCAACAACCCUGCCGUUAUUCUAGUCACCAAUUUGCUCAACACAGAUAAUUACAUCACUUGGUUGCGUGCUAUGCGACGAGCCCUUCGUGCCAAAAAUAAAUUAGGGUUUAUCUCUGGAGAUAUCCCCAAACCAAUCGACCCUACAGACCCUCUCCUUGAGCUCUGGGAGUGUUGCAACGACAUGGUAGUGUCGUGGAUUCAAAACUCCAUCACCUCUUCAAUCAAAUCCAGUGUGGUGUUCGUUGAUGAUUCGCGCGACAUAUGGCUUGAUCUUUAA